GCACAUCUGCAGGCUGCGGCUGCCCAAUGGGUUGCGGAUGCGGCUGCGGAUGCUGUGGAUGUCCCUGCCCCGGCAGCUGUGGCAGCUGUGGCAGCUGUGGCAGCUGUGGUGGCUGUGGUGGCUGUGGUGGCUGUGGUGGCUGUGGUUGUCCCGGAUGUGGCUCGGGGAUGAUGGGCAUGGGAGGAUGUCAACCAGGUAUGGCUGGCAACCCUAUGAUGAUGCAAAUGAUGAUGAUGAACAUGAUGAACAUGCAGAAAAUGAUGGCUGCUCAGGGGGGCAAGCAGAAUCCCAUGGCUGCCAUGAUGGGCAAAAUGGGCUGCGGCUCUGCACCAGCUGAGCCAAAGGAAACUCCAGAGAAAGAGAAACCAUUGACUUGGAAGGAGGAUGAUGAGGAGAUUGACCCUGAUGUUCGAGAGCUUGGGGAUUACUUCAACAUCGAAGAGCGUUGGGUGGUUCGACUCAACGAAGCGAUGAAGAAGAGACAAGAGACCAAAGCGCAAGAUGUGGAAAAGCUCUAUGAGGUCCUCGAGAAGGCUCGUAGCCCCACCGGUUUGCUGACAGUGCAGAUAGGGAAGAUGGAAUGUGGACAGUUCGUGGGCAAGGUGAAACCUGAUAAGGAUGUCGAGCGAAUGGCGCGGAAAUUCAAGUUGGACGACCACGUGACCUCCAGAUUGAUGGAGUUGAAGGUCUGGCGUCAGCGCAACGGAGAGGAGGACCGGGCAACAAAAGACCUGGAGCGGGUGGAAUAUCAUCUUCGUUUUGCCAAGCGGCCCAAUGCGCUCUGCACCCUGCUUGUGGGAAAGCUUCUGGAGGGCGAAAUCGAUGAACUACCGGAUCUCACCAAGGCGGAGAAAAUCAUGCAGGACUUCAAAUUGGAUGAGGAUGCUUGCUGCAAGAUGAGAGAAAUUAUCGAAAAACGUUUUAACGAUGAAGAUGUGGUCAUAGCCAUGGUUCGUAAGCAGCUGAAUGCGGCCAGCAAUGCAUCCUCCAUGCUCUGCAAGAUCGCUCGGCAGCUGAUGGACGGCGAAGUCUUACCCGAUCCCGUGGAACGAGCUCCCAAAGGCGGGGGCAAAGGCAAAGAUAAGGAUGGUGACAAAGGUGACAAAGGUCACGACCACCGGCAUCGUCGCAGCCGCAGCAGAGACCGAAGGGACGACAGGAGGGACCGUGAGGACCGUGAAGAGCGCGACCGGCGUCGAGAUCGAGAGCAGCACCACAUUGGCAUUGCUUUGGCUGCCUUUGGCUCAAUCGUUUUACAAGACAUCAGGUCCACCAUGAGCGAUGCCCCGUCUACUCCAGCUGCGCCCGCCAUGGGCGCCAUGGGCGCCAUGUGCCCCGCCGGCGCCUGUGGAGCCGGCUGCAUGCCGUGCGGCUGUGGUGCCAGCAGCCCUGCAGCCGGCUGUGGGGGUUGCCCUGGCUGUGGCUGUCCCUCUAUGCCUGGAGCUUGUCCCACCAUGCCUGGGGGAUGCCCCAUGGGCGGCUGUGGCUGCGGAUGUCCAGGUGCGUGCGGUUGUGGAUGCCCAGGUGCUUGCGGAAUGAUGCCUGGCAUGAUGGGCAUGAGACCCGGAAUGCCAGGCAUGGCAGGCAACCCGAUGAUGAUGCAAAUGAUGAUGAUGAACAUGAUGAACAUGCAGCAGAUGAUGGCCAAAGGUGGUGACAAGAACAACCCCAUGGCAGCCAUGAUGGGUGGUAUGGGAGCAAUGGGGAUGCCCAACCCCAUGGCAGCGGCAGCUGAAGAACCCAAGGAAAAAGAUAAACCUUUGACCUGGAAGGAAGACGAUGAAGAGAUUGACCCAGAUGUCCGGGAACUGGGCGACUACUUCAACAUCGAAGAGCGUUGGGUGGUGCGAUUGAAUGAAGCUAUGAAGAAACGGACAGAGACGAAGGCCCAAGACAUUGAGAAGUUGUACGAGGUGCUCGAGAAGGCUCGAAGCCCCACAGGGCUGCUGACGGUGCAGAUUGGCAAGAUGGAAUGCGGUCAGUUCGUGGGGAAGAUCAAGCCAGACAAAGACGUGGAACGCAUGGCGCGGAAGUUCAAGUUGGACGAUCCGGUGACCUCCCGGUUGACGGAGCUGAAGGUGUGGCGCAAGCGCAACGGAGAAGAGGAUCGCGCCACCAAAGACCUGGAACGGAUCGAAUAUCACCUCCGCUUUGCCAAGCGGCCCAAUGCUUUGUGCACCCUUUUGGUUGGAAAACUGCUGGAGGGCGAAGUGGAUGAGCUCCCUGACCUCACCAAGGCCGAAAAGGUGAUGACGGAUUAUAAAUUGGAUGAGGAUGCAUGCUGCAAGAUGCGGGAAAUUAUCGAGAAGCGUGUCCACGACGAAGACGCGGUGCUGACCAGCGUCCGGAAGCAUCUCAACACGGCCAGCAACGCUUCCUCCAUGUUGUGCAAGAUCGCUCGGCAGCUGAUGGACGGAGAGAUCUUGCCUGAUCCACCAGAGAGACCUCCCAAGGGCGCUGGAAAGGGUAAGGACAAAGACAAGGACGGCGAUAAGGGCGACAAGCACGACAAGCACGAGAAGCACGACAAGCACGACCGGGACCGACGUGAGCGUCGCAGCCGAAGCAGGGACCGCGACAGGAAAGACCGCGACCGUCGUGAACGGCGCGAUAGCCGGGACCGCUGA